GUGUCGCUCUGCUUCCUCUGGGAUUCGGUCCAAUUUGGACGCGCGUCUCAGUACAAAGCUUGGUGCGCGCUCCCGUAGCGGCAGGAAACAUGGCGGCGCUCAUGUCACUCGCCCAGCUCUCGAGUGGAAGCCCUGUGUAUGAUAGCUAUUACAGACAGGUGGAUCGUGGAGGCACAGGUAGAGUGGGGCCUGCUGAAGGGGCUCUUUUCCUGAAGAAGUCAGGGCUCUCAGAUUCCACCCUGGGAAAGAUCUGGGAACUGGCAGAUCCUGAUGGAAAAGGCUACCUGGACAAACAGGGCUUCUUUGUGGCUCUGCGGCUGGUCUCCUGCGCCCAGAAUGGCCGAGACGUCAGCAUCGCCAGCCUCAAGCUGCCCCUCGCGCCCCCCAAAUUUAGUGACACGAGCAGCCCCUCGCUGAGCACUACCUCAUCCACCGACUCCCAUUGGGCCGUCAGGGUGGAGGAGCGGGGGAAGUUUGAGGGCGUGUUUGAGAGCCUCUCCCCGGUGAACGGCCUGCUCUCAGGGGAGAAGGUGAAGCCUGUGCUCAUCAACUCUAACCUACCCCUGGAUGUGCUGGGGAGGAUUUGGGACCUCAGUGACAUUGAUAAAGAUGGACACUUGGACACAGAUGAGUUUGCAGUGGCGAUGCACUUGGUGUACCGUGCUCGGGAGCUGGAGCCUGUUCCCUCGUCCCUGCCCGCCUCCCUCAUCCCCCCCUCCAAGAGGAAGAAGCCGGGGGGGUCUCUGCCGGGCUCUGUGCCCGUCCUGCCCCCCCCUCACAGAGAGAGCGUGCGGUCCCCCCUCACCCACGCCAGCGCCAGCGCCGGGACCCUGUCCCCCAAACCCAGCCUCGACCCCCCCCAGCCUGCAGUGAGCUGGGUGGUCCCGGUGGCAGAUAGGGGGCGCUAUGAUGAACUCUUCCUGAAGCUGGACUCUGACCUGGACGGGCUGGUGGGGGGGGGCGAGGUGAAGGAGGUGUUCCUGCAGUCCGGCCUCUCCCAGGCCCUGCUGGCACACAUAUGGACUCUGGCGGACACCAGGCAGAAGGGGAAGCUAACGCGGGAGCAGUUCUCUCUGGCCAUGCACCUGGUUCAGCAGAAGGUGAAGAAGGGCCUGGAGCCCCCCCAGGCCCUGACCCCCGACAUGCUGCCCCCGUCCGACAGGGCCGCCCCACUGCCUGUCCACUCCAGCUCUCUGGGUUCGGUGGAGUUCACUGGAGUGAAAGAGCUGGAUGACAUCAGCCAGGAGAUCGCAGAGCUACAGAGAGAGAAGUUUGCCCUCGAGCAGGAGAUUCGGGAGAAAGAGGAAGCUAUCAGAAUGAAGAAUAACGACGUUCAGGUGAUGCAGGGCGCUCUGGAGCGGGAGGGCAGUGGUCUGCAGAACCUGGCCUCGCAGAAGCAGGAUGCCCAGGGCCGGCUGGAGGAGAUGGACCAGCAGAAGUCCAAACUGGAGUCCAUGCUGGGCGACGUGCAGCUCAAGUGCCAAGAGGAGUCUCAGCUGAUCUCCUCAGCGCAGGGGCAGAUAGAGACGCAGGAGGCAGGCCAGAAGAGCCAGGAGGAGGAGCUGAGCCGGGCCAAAUCGGACCUGGCCCGUCUGCAGCAGGAGGAGGUGCAGCUGGAACAGAGCAUCCAGGCCGGGCAGAGCCAGCUCCACACCAUCGGCCGCUCGCUCCGGGUCACCCAGGACGAGAUCACCCAGGCUCGCAGCAGACUGGCCCAGAUCAGGGACAGCCAGGAGGAAGUGACAACGCAGCAUCGAGCAGUGCAACGCCGUGCUGAACGGAGGGAGCCUGAGCGACAUGGAGGACUCGUUUAAGACGAAGGCAUCAUCGUCAUCGUCAGUGUUUGGAAGCCACAGCCUGGAGCUGUCAGCAGAUCCCUUCCACUCCGAUGACCCCUUCAAAUCCGACCCCUUCAAAGGUGCCUAGCCCCGCCUCUAUUCCUGCAGGGGUUUAUACCAAUCUCAUGUUUUAGCCAUACGCACACACAUACGCAUGCACGCACGCACUCUCUCUCACACACACGCACGCACGCACGCACACACGCACUCUCUCACACACACACACACACACACACACACACACACACUAGCGCACACACACACUCACACACACACACUAGCGCACACACACUCACACACACACACACACUAGCGCACACACACACUAGCGCGCACGCACUCUCUCUCACACACACACACACACACACGCACACACGCACUCUCUCACAC